ACUACCUGCAUCACAAUUUGCCUGAUUUUAGUCCAUAUGUAGGCAACAGGUACAAAUAUGGACUAGCCUUCAUAACUAAUAAUAAUGGAGGCUACAGAUGUAUUAGCGAUUAGGCCAUAUCAGGACCACAAUAUGACAUAACCCAGCUGCAGCCAAUUAUGCAAAGCAUGCCUUUCUCAGAUGCAGGUGGUAGCUAAAGUACUCAGGCCCCUAUUAAAUCCAACUCCACUUCCUCCCUUACCUUCACUGAGCUCAACUGUAAUUAAUAGGCCACCUGACUGCAGGCGUUCAGCUUGAACAAGCCCUUUGGUUUGCACAGCUGUGGUGAACCAUGAGAGAGGAGAAAUAGUUGAUCACAUUCUGUGUUCUUUUUUAAUACAUGCUCUUAUGGAUAAUUUAUUGACCAUGGUUUGGCUUAGACUUCAAUUUGUCCUGCCAUUGCUGACUCUUGUAAGCGUCAGCUGUUCUGGAAUAAGAUAGCUGAGAUUGAUAAUGAUCCUUGUUGAGGCCUGCCUCUCUCAGCCCCGUCUGACCCUAUAGUAAAGUGACACCACCAGACACUAUCUGCGAUCAAGAGGGAGCAGCGCAUCACAGCCUCUUCGGGUGUGAGGGGCCACAGAGAGAGUGUGAGACUUGGAGGUAUAGGGUUCCACUGACUGCUUACGAAGUAUAUUGGUCAACAUUAACAGAAGAUGGAUGAUAUGAAUGGCUUCAUCAUCAAUGAAAUAUGACAUGAUCUGGACAGUAUGUAUCACUAUACUGUAUUGUGUAAUUAGAUAUCAUGAUAUACUGGAUUAUAGAGGUUGUUGUAUUGUUUUGGCUCAUUGCAACUUCUACCUGGAACGUCAUUGACCUUGACAGCCUAUAUCCUCCGUUAGAUUAGACUGUGUCCAUGACUCACACCUGUUUGUUUGCUUUCCCCGUCUCUCUAGAGAAGACCACGAGACAGGGAGGUGAAGGAGAAAUGGUGUGAUGCACCUUUAACAGUAGAGGUCCUAGAAACUGCAGCUAGCUUAACUAGAUUAGAGUUAAUUCGAUUGGAGGACGUCUUGUGAUGGCUCUGUAGAUGUGCCCUAAUCAGCAGGAAGACAAGGAGGAGGAGAGGGAUGAAGGCUCACAUUUUAACAUUCAUAUAUGGACAAUGGUGUGGCCUUUGUCACUGUUAUAAGCCAAGUCAGAGUGAGAGUACUCCAUACAAGGAGCCAAGAGGUCCGUUUGGAUUCGUAUUCCACAGAUCGUUUUCUUGCCCAACAUCAUGACGGAACACCAGGAGCAGAAUGAAGAGGGAGUCCUCAUCUCAACACAGGACCUGGAGACCUCAAAACACCAGGAUACUCAAGGAGGCCAUCCACAAUUCAGGUUGAUUGACGACCUAUCAUAUGAAGAUGUGAAGAAAUGCUACAGGGGUUCGACUGUCAGCAAGUACAACUCGCAGUACCACAAACUCUUCCAGUGUGUUCCGAAGGACGAGAUCCUAAUGAAAGUAUACUCCUGCGCUCUGCUCCGAGACAUCCUGCUGCAAGGACGUCUUUAUAUCUCUAGGAACUGGCUGUGUUUCUAUGCCAACCUCUUUGGCAAGGACAUCAAGGUUGCUAUCCCCGUGGUCUCUGUGAAGCUGGUAAAGAAGCACAAAACAGCAGGUCUGGUGCCCAACGGCCUAGCCAUCACCACAGAUACCAGUCAGAAGUAUGUCUUUGUGUCUCUGCUGUCCAGGGACAGUGUGUAUGAUGUGCUCCGGAGGAUCUGCACACACCUUCAGGUCAAUGGGAAGAGUCUGAGCUUGAAACACUACAUGGAGGUUCCCCAUACCUUAUCUCUGGAUGAGUUCCCGGUGGCGGAUGAGUUCCCAGGGGCGGAUGAGUAUCCUCCGGUGCUGAAGUGGAGGAGAAAACCCUCUGUGGUGUCCGUGUCCUCGUCCCUCCCUGACCUCCUGGGUAGCUCCACCGGUAGCCUGACUGCGGUGGACUCCUCCUUCCAGACAGACCAGCCUCUGGAAGACCGGGACUUAGAGACAGAGAAGAUCCUACUAACAGAGCCUGUUCCAGAGCUGGGCCCGAUGGAAUAUCAGCUUCUCAAGUUCUUCAUCAUACUAAUCAUCCUCCUCAUCCUGUCUUCCUGUUACCUGGCCUUCCGUGUCUGCAGCCUGGAGCACCAGCUGUCCUUCCUCAACAACCCAACACGCCCCCCCCGAGAGAGGAUUUUACUUCACUGUAGACUAGAAGAGGGCAAACCCCCAACUCCACCAUUUUGUUGUAGGUGAAAGACAAUGGCAGGUGAAAGACAAUGGCAGGUGAAAGACAAUGGGCAGGCUGAUUGAAGAGCCAGAAAACUACACUCAAACCAAUUGUGGAUGGACUGAAAAGCCCGGGAUUGGUGGAAAUGGCUGGGAGUCAGGACUGGGAAGGACUCUGAUUGGUGGAGGGAUUGGUCUGAUUGUUUUGAAGAUUUCUGGACAUGUUCACCAACAUUAGAGUCAACUGUGUUUUUUCCCUCCUGUCAACUCAACCAGGAAUGAACUACAGGACUUCAGAGAAAAGUCAAAACCAGUCAUCUUUCAGAAAUAUAUAUAUAUAUAUGGUACUUUCAAGGAAAGGAUUUGGAUGCAUUAACACAGUGACAGUGGAAGAAGCCAAUAUCGUUGGCUUUACAGAAUUAAAAAAAAAUGCCUAUAUGAACUUAGGAGGAUCAGUCUACUAUUUCAAAUGGUUAUCAUCAUCAAUGAAGUCUAACUAUGUUGCCAUUCUAACAGGCAUGUUAUUCCUGGUAAACGGUGCAAUACAAUUAUGCAAAGUAUCCAGCCUAGACUGACUUUUUAAAUGUUGAAAUAUUGUCCUUUAACUCUGUGUUAUCAUGGCACCACCGGCAUAUGUUUACCAUAAUGGGUAGGAUGGUACUCUUUCAUGUCCCAAAAAUAUUGUUUAGUAUAACAUCUUGUCUUUUGUUUUCAUUUGUAUAAAUGCCAGUUGUCAGCUUUGUAUUGUAAGCUACCUUUAGCCAGACACAAUGUGUCACAGUGAGUGAUCAGUCUCCUAUCGAAAUACUGAACACAGUCGUCUGAAUGAGUAAACAAUGAAGACAUUGACUGAAGUGAAAAAUAAGAAAAUUAUGUUUUCUUUAUUACACUGUAAACUUAAAAGUUAAAUCUGCAUUUCAGUCAGCAAGAAAACUAGCCAAAGAUUUCUAGUCCUUUUACUCAGAAUGUCUGAACAGAUGCAUUAGGAACAAACACACCCCACUUUGAUUAUUACAGUAAUAUUGUUGAGGAAACAGAGCUGCAGUAUGUAGGGUAUACUUUACUACUGUAACCAUUAGUAUGUCUUAUCUGGUCUGUUUUGGGUCUAAACACAUUUGCAGCUAUGUAAUAGUGGUCACUGAUAUUCAGUCAAUGGUGAAAGAACAAACUGUCCCUGUAGACUCUGAGAACAGAUGAACCCUGUAGCACCCCUGAACAACCCAUUACAAGACUAACACUGUACAACAUAACUGUGAAGGUUACUAAUAAACAGCCAUUUGAUCUUGAGA